GGCGAAGGCCGGCCGAUCAAUCCACCAGAGAGCCUACACCUCUCUCUCUCUCUCUCUCUCUCACGACUCUCUGUGUCGAAGCCAUGGCUGCUGAUGCACCGGAAGAGCCCGAGACUCUCACAGGUGACGCAGAUGAUGGUGGCGGCGACUCGACGUCGAUGAGGCUCCGACGGAGGCGGGCGUCCGCUUCCGAAUCGGAGGGCGCGGUGGAGGAGCGGAACAUGAACGGAAGGGGGAACCGGGGCAGCUGCACGGCGGAAGAGAGUCAUGCCGGCGAGCAUGGACAGGACCUGUCCGGGAUUGCGGAGAAGUUUGCGUUGCGGGCGGCGGCCCCGGCUCACCGGAGGAUCAGGGAGAGCCCGCUCAGCUCUGACGCGAUCUUCAAACAGAGUCAUGCUGGGCUCUUUAACCUUUGCAUCGUUGUUCUCGUUGCCGUGAACAGUAGGCUUAUUAUCGAAAACAUAAUGAAGUAUGGGUUGCUAAUUAGUUCAGGUUUUUGGUUUGGUUCAACUUAUCUUAGCGACUGGCCUCUUCUGAUGUGCUGUCUUACCUUGCCAGUUUUCUCUCUGUGUGCAUUCCUGGUUGAAAAGCUGGUGCAACAUAAAUUCAUUUCUGAACCAGUUGUUGUUCUGCUUCACAUAGUGAUUACAACAUCUGUGAUCAUGUAUCCAGUUUUUGUGAUACUGAGGUUUGAUUCUGCUGUUCUCUCUGGCAUUGCGUUGAUGAUGUGUGCUAGUAUUAUUUGGUUGAAGCUAGUGUCCUAUGCACACACAAACUAUGACAUAAGGACUCUAACCAGGUUGAAGGAGAAGGGCGAAGGAUCUUCUUUCCUGUCAAAGCUGGAAUCUCCAUAUCAUGUCAACCUAGGAAGUUUGAUAUAUUUCAUGGUAGCACCAACAUUAUGUUAUCAGCUUAGCUAUCCUCGUACUGCAUUCAUUCGGAAGGGAUGGGUACUUCGUCAACUUAUUAAAUUGGUUAUUUUUACUGGUGUGAUGGGCUUUAUCAUCGAACAGUACAUGAAUCCCAUUGUUAAGAACUCUCAGCAUCCUUUGAAAGGGAAUUUUUUGAAUGCACUGGAAAGGGUCUUGAAGCUGUCCGUGCCAACUUUGUAUGUUUGGCUAUGCAUGUUUUAUUGUUUUUUCCACCUAUGGUUAAAUAUACUUGCGGAGCUUCUGCGUUUUGGUGAUCGUGAAUUCUACAAAGAUUGGUGGAAUGCUAAGACUGUGGAAGAGUAUUGGAGAAUGUGGAAUAUGCCAGUUCAUAAAUGGAUGAUCCGCCACAUUUACUUUCCUUGUCUGCGGAAUGGAUUACCAAAGGGAGUUGCAAUUAUGAUUGCUUUCCUUCUUUCAGCACUAUUUCAUGAGUUAUGCGUUGGCAUCCCUUGCCGUAUCUUCACAAUGUGGGCCUUUAUUGGCAUUAUGUUUCAGGUUCCUUUGGUGAUUAUUACCAGUUAUCUUCAACACAAGUUUCAAAAUAACAUGGUGGGGAAUAUGAUCUUCUGGUGCUUUUUUAGCAUACUUGGACAACCAAUGUGCGUUCUACUUUAUUACCAUGAUCUGAUGAACCAGAAAGAGCGAACAAAGUAAUUCAAAUGUUGGAAAGGCUUAAAGGUGUUUUGAAACCUGAAAUUCUCUCUGCAAAGUGGAUGGAAGGGGCACAGCGCUGAACUGGUUCCUGCAUUGCUGGCUACCAUUCGUAGGCAUUGAGGUGGCAUGCUCCUACUGUGUCAACCAUUUGAGUGUUACAGUGUGAUACAGAUAAAUUUUUGCACGAUUCAGUAGCAAAAGAAAUCAUCAUACACCAGGUGAGAUUCUGCUUAGAAAAGCUACAUCAAAGGCACUGCAUGUUGUUACAUCACAUGCUGAUGUUUCCUGUCACUUUUUUUGUUUGGUGGUGGUUGCUUUGCACAACUACAUCCUGUAGAUAUAUCUCUCUUGCACAUGUUUAUAAAGGUUAACUCUUGCAUACAUAUGCGCUACUGUCUCCAUGAGACCAGCUUUUAAAUGUAGUGGACUGCACCACAUUGAGAUGCAUAUUUACCAUGCUGUCUCUUCUCUGUCCUUGUAAAACCCCUUUGAUCCUGCUGAUUUUAGAUGGUUCAGUUUUCUAGAAGGUUCUGAAUUAGUUUCCUUCUGCUUCUAGGCACUUUGUAACUAAACCAUGUAUGUCUAAUAUCUGGAAAUUUUGGUGGGUGUGCUCAUUGAGUAUCCUUCGCCUAAGGUAUUUGAAAUACGUUGAUGGGUGUUUGAAAUGGGUUU